AUGAAAUUCCUGUGGUUCGUCACUUUCCUGCUCGCACUCGUUGGCAUGAUCGCCGGAGAUGCCGGUUGCCCGACCGGAUUCAAAUCGCAGAACAACAAGUGCGUCUCCUCGCGCCCAGUGCAUGGCGAUUGCCCGAAGGGCUCGACCUACAGCGCCAAGCUGAAUCUGUGCGUUCACAACUAG